GCCACAUCCAAGAUGACGCAAAAUUCCGUGAGCACGGUUUCCACGCCUGAACAUUCCAAACCCAUCCACUCCUCCCACCUAUGAGAGUCUGACGCAGCUCGAACUCGCCGAAUUUGAGGGGGGAGGUUGACCGUAGCACCAUCUGUGCGGAUUUGAGUCUUCAGUCUAAAUCUGCGGUAAAUCACCAGAAUGCCGAACUGGGGUGGUGGUAACAAGUGUGCAGCCUGCCAGAGGACAGUGUACCAUGCUGAGGAGGUGCAGUGUGAUGGGAAAAGCUUUCACAAAUGCUGUUUUCUCUGCAUGGUGUGCAGAAAGGGCCUAGACAGCACCACGCUGGCCAUUCACGAUACAGAGAUUUACUGCAAGUCCUGCUAUGGGAAGAAGUAUGGGCCGAAAGGUUAUGGAUAUGGCCAAGGGGCUGGAACACUCAACAUGGACCGAGGAGAGAGACUUGGCAUCAAACCAGAGGAAAGCCAGAGUCACAGACCAACCACCAACGCCAACCCCUCCAAGUUUGCGCAGAAGUUUGGGGGGUCCGAGAAGUGUGCCAGGUGUGGCGAGUCGGUGUAUGCUGCAGAGAAGAUAGUGGGCGCUGGAAAGCCCUGGCACAAGAACUGCUUCAGAUGUGCCAAGUGUGGGAAGAGCUUGGAGUCUACAACUCAGACUGAAAAGGACGGAGAGAUCUACUGUAAAGCUUGUUAUGCUAAGAAUUUUGGACCCAAAGGUGUUGGCUACGGCCAGGGUGCUGGAGCCCUUGUUCAUGCCCAGUGAUAAAGCUUGCAAAUGCCGCAUCAUCAAGAGUAGUGCCGAGUGCUCAGACAAAAAAAAAAUACUUUGUACAUUAAUUUACUACUGUGAAGCUUUGUUACUAACCAAUUUGCCUUUUAAAUUGGGAGUUCUUGUAUAAAAACCACAUUGGCUUUUGUUUUGCAAUUAAUAAACAUUUAUUGAUUAAA